AUGACUAUGCUGUCAACCCCACGGGGCCGCUCGGCCCUGGCGGUUAGUACAGUCUUUACUUGCCUUGCGACGGCUUUGACGUUGAUUCGCAUCUACACUCGAGCGUUCUGGGCCAAGAAGAUUGGAUCAGAUGAUUACACGGUCAUUGCUGCCUUGACCUGUUCAUGGAUCUUCUACGGACUUUUCGUCGGAGAGGUCUACCAUGGCAUGGGAGAACAUUAUGCAAAAAUUCCUCACGACACUUACAAGGUCCAAAUGCUGUGCUUCUGGGCCUCCGUCCCCCUCUACCAGUCCACCCUCGUCCUGACCAAGAUCUCCAUUGUCCUCCAAUACCGCCGCGUCUUCCCAUCGCCGGGGAUGCGACUCGCCUGCAACAUCCUGCUCGGCUUCCUCAUCACCUUUGCGCUCUGGGCCGUCAUCAGUGCCUGGGCCAUGUGUGUGCCACUUCGGAAAUUCUGGGAUCCGGACGUGGUGGGCUUCUGCUUCGACAAGAAGGCGCUUUGGUUUUCGAAUUCGGCGAUUCACAUUCUCACCGAUUUCAUGAUCUUGGUGUGGCCGAUGCCGCUGCUCAAAUCUCUGCAGUUGCCCAAGAGGCAGCGGUUUGCGCUCAUGGCGGUUUUCGCGCUGGGGAUCUUUGUCACUAUCACCAGCGCCCUUCGCUUGAGAAGUCUUCUCCUGAUUACACUUUCCACCGAUCCCACCUACGACAACGUCGGCGCCGCCGAAUGGUCCGCCAUCGAAUGCAAUGUCGCCAUUAUGUGCGCCUCCCUCCCCAGCACACGGGCCUUCUUCUCCAACCUGCUCCCCCACGUCUUCUCCAGCGGCAGCAACGCCUAUCGCAGCAGAAACACCCGUCCCUCGCGCACCGGGCACAGUCAAUUAACCGGGACCGGCACCAUGGCCCACUCUCACAUCUUGUCGUCCGUGGUCGGCGGUCUCGACGAGGGCGAUUACGAUAUGAAGAUGCAUCGGCUGAAGGGGCCCGGGGCUUCGGCCAAGGUUGUGGGCGUGGGCAUGGAGAAGAGUGAUCUGGCGGGGAUUAAGGUGACGACCUUGGUGACGCAGGAGUUGAGUUUGGAGAGGGAGGGGGUUCAUGGGCAUGGCCAUGACCAUGCCCAUGUGGAGGUGGAUGGUGAUACAGAGACGGGGAGCACGAGAGAUCUUGUGCGGAAGGGGAGUUGA